UGCACACAUGUGCAGAACUUGGCGAUACUCGACGCUAUAUUAAACCGAAGAGGGCACGUCCAUCAUUCGGUCGCUUAAUCGAUUCCGAAUUAGUGGGUGCGAUUACGUUUUGAAUAAACACCGUGAGAUUUGGCCCGAUUCCUGGCUGCCGUUUAACAUGGUCGACGUUGCUGCUGCAAUCCCUGUAACCAACGGCGGCGGUUCUUUGAUGGGUCGAACUCGGGGCGCCUUGAGGUCAAUGCGAUCUGCCCUCGGAGGUGGCGGCGAGUAUCUUCAGGGUCUAGGAAGCAGGCUAGGAUCAGCGCUGAGCAGCAGCCUCGAGGAUAGCGAAUUGACGACGACGCCAUCCUCACCGUCAUCGCCACCGCGCCAAGGACCUUCACCGGCGAUGAAACAGGAAGCCGACGAGAUCCGGAGGCGGAAGCUACGACUCCCAAGGUUUGGAUCCGGCAUGUCCUACGAGGAUUACGAAGCGAUGGCGCGGCACAAACUGGAGCGACAAGGCAGUGCCACGUCCUCAAGGUCCUUGAAGCGUUAUCCUCCGGGGAUGACCUACGAGGAGAUCACAUCCUCGAGGAAUUCGUCGGGCGCCAGGAUCAUCGAGGUGGCGAAAAAGCGGGAGGAUAACGAUCAGCCGCAGGAGGCCGAAGAAAGUUCACCGGAAAGUGUAGGACCUCUGCAAGAAAAGGAUAUCAAGGCGACUGGCACCGAUCCUUACGAGAAAUUUCAUUACAAAAUGGCAGGGACAAUGGUCCGGGAAAUUUUCAAAUUAGAUCUACCGUGCAGCAGUGGAUCCAACAGCGAUCAAGACGGUUAUGGACCAAGUACGAGUUUAGAUUCGAACAUGGAUGGUCGGCGAACUUGGCAGAGAUCAGGAUCUUCCGGUUCCUGUCAAUCCUGGGCGUCGAGUUUGUCGGCUGACAGUCAAUCCGAGGAAGCAGCAGCCGACUUUAUGAAAAGCUUUGUUCCGAUGCUUUUUGAGAGUCCAGACAGCGUUGAUCAGGAACAGAAAGCAAAAUUUGGGCAAAUGGUUUUGACGGAAACGGGGCGAGUUUGGUUUUCGAGGGUGGUAAACGCGCGAAGGGCGCGAGCCUGCGUGACUGAGGGUUCGUUUUACUCCUUGGCUCAGCAUUUUGCCGUCGCAUUAUUCGAGUGUCAUGAGGCCGACGAUUUUGCCCCGGCGAAGAGUCUGAUGAACAUGUGUUUCACAUUCUAUCACGAAGGUUUGUUCAAACUCGAAGUUCCCGGUUUAGAACCGUAUCGAGAAUAUCUUUACACUCAUCUCCGAGUCCAGCCGAUAUGGACGUCGAUGCGUUUCUGGACGGCAGCCUUUUUCGACGCGGUUCAAUGCGAAAGGGCGACUCGUCCGGUUCCUCCGAGAAACAAGAGCCUUGCUGGGGAGGCGAUUGCAGCCGAUGACAGAAGGUUUCAGGCGAAUAUCGUCUUCGGGCAGUUGGGCACCUUUACGUGCAACAUGCACGCGUUUGGAUUAUCCCGAAAUCUGUGCCUCGAGUUUUUGAGAAAACAGUGCGCCAUCGCUAAUUUGUCAUCGGAGCAAGAGAAAAUGCUGAAAGACAAUAUUGAGAGAAUGUACGACGAGACGGAACCUUGGCGAUAAUCAUUGAUUGAUCGAUGAUUUAUCAAUGUAAAGAGGACCAUCGGAUGAGAAGAAGAAAUAUUAAGUCCCGAAAAAAAUUUAUCUUUAUAAAAUUUCUUAUCAUGGAAGAAUGAGAAGACUUGCAGAGCGAAGAAAUCGCGAAAUAUUUGCCGCC